AUGGCAGAGGCAAUAAUAUCAUCAACCUUAGAUUCAGGCUGGGCAUGGCUCCCAAACGACGUUCUAGAUUUGAUUCUAGAAAAGUUGAUACCAAUCUCCGAUUAUAUCCGGUUUGGUGCAGUUUGCAAGGCUUGGCGAUCAUUUGCUUUGUACCAGAAGCCGCAGCGCCUCAAAUCAUGCUGCAAACAGCUUCCUAUGCUGAUGAUCACCGACAAAGGCAACUACUGUGGAAGCGAUGAUGACUGUUUGGUCCUAACCCUGUUCAACCUCUUUACCCGGCAUACCAUUCUCCUUCCACCCGUCAAAGGCCCCGAAUCCCUGGAUGUUUCAUGGGAUUAUUUCUGCAUUGCCAAGGCUGUAUUGUCUGCUGACCCUUCUUUGUUUCCUAAUGGUUUUGAAGCUCUGAUUCUCUAUCAUGACUUUUAUACAGUAGUAAGCGAAGUAUCCCAUUUUAAGGGAGGGGAUGACACUUGGACUCACAUGCAUACGAUAGAUACGAGUACGAGAUUAUCAGAUGUAAUUUAUCAUCAAGACCAGUUUCGUGCUGUUACUCAGAAUGGUGAGCUUUUCUCAAUAAAUGUUAACAGUUACCCAGCAGAUAUCACUCGUACCAUAGGUAGCAGACCUUCACACACUUCUACUAGUUAUUACCUUGUCGAAUCGCCACGGGGAGAUCUAUGGCUCGUGGAGAUGUCAUUUUCAGGAUAUCGGGAGCCGGUUUACAAGGUGGUGCUGUGUGAUUUUGGGGGCGAUGGAGGACCCCAGUGGGUUGAGAUUGAAAGUAUAGGAACUGAUGCUUUGUUCUUGGGUUGGAAUGUAUGCAUGUCUGUCUCUGCUUCAGACUUUCCGGGGUGUCGUCCAAAUUCCAUAUACUUCAUUAAUGCUGUAAAGUUUCCACAUGUGGGUGUCUUCAACCUGGAAAACGGAUCAUUGGAAAGGCAAUGCUGCUCAAGUCUUCCACAGGAGGAGGUUUGGUCAGUAAUUUUGGAUUUUGCCUUCUAUGGUAUGAGGAGAUGGUUCCAGUUUUCUUCUUCAGUUUUUCCCUAUGAUAUUAAGCUCUAUUUUGUUAGUUUUUAA